UUGGCUCAGUUACAGGCAGGACUCAGAAGAACACACAUUAAGCCUGUAGAUCAAACAUGUUUUUGCAAUAAUAAGCCAGGGAUGCCAAAGUCCCAUCUGGCCCAGAAACAACCAUAUCAAUGUAAUCAGUCCACUUCAUUUCACAAUCGCUCGGUUCUUUCUGGCCUGGGCUAUCAUGGCUUGCAUAAGGCCAGAUGACUUUUCCAGUUCGCAGCCGAUAGCUCUUCACCUCGCAGACAGACGUGAAUGGCCACUUAACAGCCAUGAAAUGGACAAUUAAAUCCCCCACCCCCCCGGUGCGCCAGGCGGAUGUACGCGCGCCCCCUCCCCGAACACAUCAAGUUCAUUUACGGCGCCUUGCUUCGCGGCCAAUUGUCUUGGAUGGCCAAUGAGAACCCUGAACAUUAGCAUACGGUCCCAGGCACUCAUUAGCGCUGAAAUUGAAUUAGCGCGUCUCAUUAGUGGGCUGUGAACGGUAACGCGUGCAAUGGAGUGUGGAGGUGCGUGAGAUUAGUAGAGUCGAGUUUGGUCAUUCGCUAUACGUUGGUUUGCCGGGCAGGAGUGGAUCGGGCCGGUUCGGCCCGAGCAGACAUGUGGCGCUGCUUGGAGUUCGGUAUGCAGGAGGAGCCGCAUCCCUACGCUCCAGCGACCUCGUAUACGGGGGUGGCCACGCCGCACUUCUUCCCGUUCUCGUCGGUCACUGGUGACUACCGAUACCCUGACGUUACGGCGGGAGACCCCGGUCAGUGCAGACCUCGGUGUCCCGUCUCGUCCCCAGCGCCCGGAACUGCAGCGGUCCACCAGCCGCCUAUAGACACCUGGGAGUUGGCGAUAAAAAGCGAGAAGAACUCGGAUGACUACAUUUGUGAGGGUAGGGAGCCCGGGCCUUACGGCGGUUAUUGGCCCAAAUCCUGGGGCCCACCUUCAUGGCCGGGUCUUCCCACGGGGGCCAGUCCAUCAGCCGCUUCGACUUCAACCGUUGCCACGCCGGUGUACCCUUCGAACUCUGGAGGCAGCGGCUCCUCCAGUGGCGGGGGCAGCGAGCUGGGACACUCCAGUGACUCCGAGGAAGAGGAGAAGAUAUCUACAGAAGAAUUGGAGCGGUUUGUCAAAGAGAUGAAACAUAAGAGGGUCACUUUGGGCUUCACCCAGGCAGAUGUUGGUGUGGCACUUGGAAAUCUUUAUGGAAAAAUGUUUAGUCAGACUACAAUCUGCCGAUUUGAAUCUCUCCAAUUAAGUUUUAAAAACAUGUGCAAGCUGAAGCCCCUUCUGCAGCGCUUACUGAAUGAAGCCGAAUCUACAGACAACCCACAGGAGAUGUACAAAGUUGAACGUUUGUCUGCAGAUAUGAAAAAACGCAAGAGGAGGACUAGCCUGGAAGAAAGUGUAAGAGGGGCCCUGGAGGCUGUCUUCCUUACAUGUCCAAAGCCCAAUACACAGAAAAUAGCUCUGAUUGCUGAUGAGCUCAAUCUUGAAAAGGAUGUUGUGAGAGUAUGGUUCUGUAACAGACGUCAGAGGGAUAAGAGGCUAGCCCUGCCUCUGGAAGAGAUUGCAGAAGGGCACUACUUUGAUCCUAGUUCCAGUUUGCACAACUCAACAAACCAAGCACAGGCAUAUCCAGGAGCUACCAUGACCCCAUCCUCAUCACAACUGUGCAUGCCUGCUUUCUACAAACCUGAAAUAGGAAAGCAAACUAUGCAUUCGGGGCACCCCUUGCAAGUGACUGCUGGGCAGCUAACAAGUUGACUCAGUGUCCACUAUGAGGCUAGUACAGUAUGAGGCCAAACACACUCUGGAUUGGAUUUUUUAUAUAUAAUAGUCCAAUUCUCACAAAAAACUAGUUGAGGCUUUUUAAAAAAAAAAAAAAAAAACUUUUCCCCCAGAAACGGAAGUAGAAUGACUAACGUUUAUUCACUGCCAACAUGUAGCAGCACCUUUGUCCUGUACUUGUCACAUUAGCAGCCUGGUCAGAGUUGAUGAUAUGCCACAAGUGAAGGUGGAAAAUCGGGCAGAAGCUUGCUUUUGUCUGUGUUCCACGGGCUUGAGACAAAUACUUUUUUUAAUAUAUAUAAUUUAUUAAUGUUCCUUUUUGUAUAUUUUGACCAUCCUGACUGUGCUUUUUUUAUAUUAAACUCAUUUUACCUAACCUAUUACAUUUGUUAAUUUUUGUAGCUUUUUUAGUUGAUUUUUUAGUUUUCUAUAUGAAUGUUUUUAGAUGGAAGUUUGUGGAGACAAUUGUGACUCUGACCCAAAUGAAAUUGAAAGAGCUGUUGAUAAUUUUGUUCAGUCGACUGAGUUUAGUUGAGCAAGUCAUUCAUUUAC